AACAACUCCUAAGAAAGCCACCCACUAUCUCCCUUUUCUUUCUCCGUCUUCUAAUAAUUCAAUUUAUCCCAAUCGCACCAUCACUAAUAGAACUAGAAUCACCAUAAAUACCUUCUCCUUGCAUUGCCAGUGUUGUUAGCUACUUAUAUAUGUACGUGUUUAAGCACAGCAUUUGCAGCAGCAGCAGCUUAAUUAGCAAGAGGUCCAAUUAAUUAAUUAAUUACAAUGGCGAAGGACGUGGAGAGUGGCCGUGAACAUGGCAGCGAGUACUCAGGCAAGGACUACAGGGACCCUCCACCGGCCCCGCUCAUCGAUAUGGAGGAGUUAAGGAAAUGGUCCUUCUACCGUGCCGUCAUAGCCGAGUUUAUCGCCACCCUUCUCUUCUUGUACAUCACUGUCGCAACAGUUAUCGGUUACAAGCACCAAACCGAUACCAAACUCGGCAACCCUGACGCGCUAUGCAGCGGUGUUGGCGUCCUCGGCAUAUCUUGGUCCUUUGGUGGUAUGAUCUUCAUCUUAGUCUACUGCACCGCCGGCAUCUCUGGAGGGCACCUCAACCCGGCCGUGACGUUUGGGUUGUUCCUAUCUCGGAAGGUGUCAUUGAUCCGUGCGUUGUUGUACAUGGUGGCACAGUGCUUGGGUGCCAUAUGUGGUGUUGGCCUCGUCAAGGGCUUUCAGAAGGCCUUCUACAUGCGCUACGGUGGUGGUGCCAACGAGCUCUCAACUGGUUACUCGCGCGGCACCGGCCUCGCCGCCGAGAUCAUCGGAACCUUCGUGCUUGUCUACACCGUCUUGUCUGCCACUGACCCCAAGCGCAACGCCCGUGACUCCCAUGUCCCUGUGCUGGCCCCUCUUCCAAUUGGGUUCGCAGUGUUCAUGGUGCAUCUGGCCACCAUUCCAAUCACAGGCACCGGCAUCAACCCUGCCAGAAGCUUUGGAGCGGCUGUCGUCUACAACCAGGACAAGGCUUGGGAUGAUCAGAUACUGCUUUGGAUCUUCUGGGUGGGACCUUUCAUCGGUGCGGCCAUAGCUGCCGGCUAUCAUCAGUACAUACUGAGGGCAAGUGCAGUCAAGGCUAUUGGUUCAUUUCGCAGCAAUGCCUGAUUCAUCUUCUUGUGUCGAUCAUGCUGUGUCUUUAUCCAAUGAUGUUGGCUGUGAUUUUUAAUAAGGCCCAAAGCUCCCAAUUAACACAUGCAUGACUGAUGUCGAUCUCCAGCAAGUGGAAUUUCAGCCUGCAGUGU